AUGUACUUUAACCCAAUCGCAACCGGAGUAGCCGUCGUCGCUGGAGCCGUCGCACUUCCCGUGGCUAUCCCCCUGGCAGUAGGGGCAGCUGGCUUUGGCGCAGGAGGGAUCGUUGCUGGAACUUGGGGCGCUUCCUUGAUGGCGACUUAUGGAGGAGCCGUCAGCGUAGGCUCUGCCUGUGCUGCACUCCAGUCCAUUGGAGUGGUCGGUCUUGGAGCCUCUGGGACUGCGUUUGCCAGCUUUGUUGGAGCAGCGACUACGGGAGCGGUGGUCGCUGGCGUGAAUAGAAUCAAGGGUGAACAGGCCGCUGAUGCAUCUUGCGCACCUUGCAAAAAGACGACUUAG